CAAAGACCCGCCCACCUGUACCUGUGGGCUGUCUGAGGAGUCCUGCGUGGCAGCCACGAGAAAAGACCAUCCUCUGGUCUCUGUGUUGAUCCUGAAGCAGUAUGGAGGAGAGUGACCUGCUCCAGGAGAGGCUCCAGGCCAUCACUCAGAAGCAUCGAAUUCAAGAGGACAUUAAAAAGAAGAAAGUGAAACUCGAUCAAGAGAAAUUCAAACUGCAACAUCUGAAGAAAAAGGCUCUGAGAGAGCAGUGGCUGCUGCGAGACUCCAAUAAUGGAGUCGACUGCACACAGCAGCAGAGCUUUCUGUCUGACCGGGAACACACCAGAGCCCUGCAGCUCAGCAUCCACAGGAUUGAAAUGGAGGUGGAUUCUCUGGAGAGAGAAGAGUCUAUGAUCAGCGUUAAUGAGAGUUUUAUCCUCAGUAGACUCAAGGCAGUGGAGAAAAGUCCGGAGGACAUUAUCAAGGAAGCCCACAACAGCUUUGUUCCUGAACCAUUACACAUAACCACAGCAAUCCCUGAAUCCUUCUCCUCACCAGCCAGUGAACAGUGUGAGCCAAACACACCACGGCAGCCUCUGUUUAACAUGCAGCUCAAUGUGGCUAAAAAUACUCUGACUGGGGAGCGCUCAGUACUUUCUACGCCUGAUGUUCUUCUGAAAGACUUUCACCAAAACACCGGGCUCAGGGUUCCUGAUGAUGUCCAGAAGUGUGUUUGUGCACUCAACUCUCAGCAGGCAUCACGUGGCCAGAAUGGUGUUUCUGAGCUAUCGGCCAAUGAGGUGGAACAUUUACUGAGAAAUGCUACAAUGCAUGGUCAAGCAAAGCACCAAAACUGGAACAGGGUGGAGGAGCAUGACCUCAGGAAGCAGCCAGGACACUAUGAUGUCCUGCAAAGACACAAAGCAGACAAAGACUUUAGCUCCAACGAAAACAGCCAAAGAAACCCACACAGUGAGCAUCACUACUGUAACCAGGACAGCUGUCUUAUCAAAAAUGAAGGCAGGAGCCAGCAAAGCAAUCUGACGGAAAGUUGUGUGACGCGCCUGGAUCACUAUGGCAACCAGCGAGAUUGUCACUGUAGUUCAUAUCCAGUGACAAAUUGUCACCGUCUUCAGGAAGGCGGGUCUGCAAGCCACCAGCCCAGUGGCAUGACCAGAAGCAGCAGCAGGAUCACUGAACCAUCCAGGUGCUGCGUACCUCUUAGAACACAUGACCAGGAAAUACUAACACACACACGCUUCAGCUACACUCCCUGUUAUAUUCCUGCUAUUGAUUAUAUCAGUGAGGAAGAACAUUACCGCCCAUCAUUGUACCAGUCAAACAGACAAACUGGGAACAGACACAGAGCACCCCUUACUGGAGAUGACCCUCCUUGCACAGUCCUUAGCGUCUUGGACACUGCUGAGCCAAUCACAGCCAUAUUCAUGGGUUUUCAGUCAGCGUUGGACGAGAGCCGGCAGGUUCGGGAGUUUGAAGGUUCCCUCAAGGCUGAACUGGUCAUUGUUGAGGACGAUGAAGACUAUGAUGACAGCAACAUGAAGGAGAAGAAGAGCCACGGGCACAUUCCAAAGCCAAGCGCAAGCAAUAGAGCUGCUGCACACGUGCAGGGACUUGGAGACGGACACAGAGAGAGCGCGGUGGGACCAGGCGUCAGAAAGAUCCGGAAAAAACAACAACCGUGCUGUAGUGUCUGCUAACUGAAAGCCUUCUUUUUUACGUGGUGCUGCCUAAAAUGACCGAUUCUCCUCGAGCGCUUAGUGACCUUUUGUGAAAGGGAAGAUGUGAAAUCAUCUCCAGCUAAUAAACAUGUGACACUGUAACUAAAGAGCCCUGUUUAAUUUGGUCAGUCUUUAUAACGUGUUCCCCACGUAUCACAUACUGCUGUGUGUCGCUGUAAGUGGACUGUUUUUAUAUAGCGCUUUUCUGUUUCUACUUCACCAAAUCACACACAAUCACACAAGCACUGUUUUCCAUGCUAACAAGUACUAACAAUGAAUGAAUGAAUGAAUGAAUGAAUGCAUCAGAGAGCAACUGGGAGUUCAGUAUGUUGCCCCAGGAUAUAUAUACUACAGAUUAAUGUAAAAUGUAAGAUGACUUGAAAAGAUUAACCCACAAAUCUGUCAUCUGAAGUUGGAAUGCAUGGAGAAAAAAGACAAACCAAAAUAAAUCACUUUGAACAGGAUUAAA